AAAAACCUGGAUAUUGCUUGAGGAUUGUUACAUAAUUCCUCAUUACGUGUGGGUUCGUGACCUGUUGCAGCUUUAUAAACCAACAAACCAAGCACUUGCCUCUUCCCUGACAGCCUCGCCGGGCUCCCCAGAGCGACGUGCCCCAGCCAGCACAGCCACCCCGAUGGCGUCCGCUACUGCCGUGCCUGUAGGAUUUCACUAUGAAACCAAGUACGUAGUGCUCAGCUACUUGGGCCUUUUAGCACAGGAGAAGCCACAGGAGCAUCCUCCUCCUCCUCCUCCUCCAACUCAAGGGACUCAACAACAACUUAUGGCACAACCUGCUCUGGAGAAAGAGGCUUUGGAGAAGAUUAAAAUAGAAAUCGAGGAGGAGCUAAAACAUCUUGAUGAAGAAAUCUUGGAAGCAUUUACCACUACAGGAUUUGACUGCCACACUUCCCCAGUGUUCAGCCCUGCCAAUCCAGAGAGCUCAAUAGAAGACUGCCUGGCUCAUCUGGGGGAGAAAGUGUCCCAGGAGUUGAAGGAACAUCUGCACAAAGCACUGCAGAGCUUGCUUAGCAAGCCGGUGACGUAUCAGGAGUAUCGGGAGCGCACGCAGGAGGCAGCUGCUCAUGCCAGUGGAUGGAACAAGGUCUUGGUGCCCCUGGUUCUGUUACAACAAUUUCUGAUGGAGCUGACCAGACGGGGCCAGGAGCCACUGAGUGCCCUUGUGAACUUCGGGGUGACAUAUCUAGAAGAUUAUUCUGCAGAUUUUAUCAUUCAACAAGGAGGAUGGGGAACAGUUUUCACUUUGGAAUCCGAGGAGGAAGAGUAUCCUGGGCUCAUUGCAGAGGACAGCAAUGACAUCUACAUCCUGACCAGUGACAACUCAGGGCAGGUGAGCCCCCCGGAGUCCCCCACCGUGACCACGUCGUGGCAGUCAGAGAGCCUGCCCGUGUCCCUGUCAGCGAGCCAGAGCUGGCACACGGAGAGCCUGCCAGUCUCCCUGGGACCUGAGUCCUGGCAGCAGGUGGCUAUGGAUCCUGAAGAAGUCAAAAGCCUGGACAGCAACGGAGGGGGUGAAGAGAGGAGUGAGAACAACUCUUCCAACUCUGACAUUGUUCACGUGGAGAAGGAAGAGAUCCCAGAGGGGAUUGAGGAAGCGGCGGUGCCGGCCGGCGCUGCAGAGACCACGCAGGCAGCGUUUCCAGAAACCUCUGCUUCUUUACAGGAAAUAAAACCUCCUGAAAUUGCUGCUGCUGAAAAAGCACAUCCCUCCACACUUCUGCAUACAAAACAGGAGGAAAAGGGAAAAGCAGCUGAAGAGCUUGUUGAACCUGCAAUCCCCGUGUUAAGUAAACCUGUCCCAAAGUUAGCCCCAUCAGAAGAAAAGGCUGCACCAGAACCUGAGAAAAUACUGCUUCCAGGGGAAAAAAAAGUGGGGAAAGAGGGCCAUUUGGAAGAAAUAGAAGAGAAACCCUCAGCUGCAGAGGAGAAGCCUAUCCUAUUGCCAGAAGGGAAAUCUAUACUGCUGUAUGGUGGGGCUGCUGCAGUUGCUAUAUUGGCUGUGGCAGUCGGAGUAGCGCUGGCGCUUAGGAAAAAGUAACAGAGCUCUCUUGAGGAGGAGGGGGGAGAGAAGAGAGCACAUCCAAUUUUUUAGUUGUGUUACCUAAAGGUUGAGCUGCCUGCUGUUUAAUUGGACAUUUGAGUAACUCAGUGGUGAUGAGGUGAGGUUGUUCAAUAAGCCUCCAGCUACGGACAAUCAUGUUUUUAGCAGAAUCGGGGCGGGAAUUGGUUUUUCGUGAUUAAAGUAUGGGGGUAUUUUUAAAAAAAAACAAAAAAAAAUCUGCAAAUUUAAGAACUUAAAGUGCAGGUGCUGAAGAAAGGGGUGCUCAUACUCUAGGAACUGGAACAGAGAAUCCCCAGGGGAAGGGGAGAGCCAGCUGCUCCCUGGAGAUUUUGGCUUCUCAGAUUGACCGCUAUUGCAGCUGUGCUGUCUUGUCACUUCCCGUUGCACCCCUGAGCCCCUCCUAACAAACAUUAGCCAACCUGAGUCCUGUAGCAAGAGGCUGGUGUCCCUUUUGUCUCAGCUUCCUCUCAGGUACAGCACUGCUCCUCAUAACCUUCCAGGUUCCUCCUAAGCCCCAGUGGGACAGUGCUUAUUCUUACCUCUUGGCUCACAGUCUUUUGGCCCCUAACGUUUACUGGAGCCCCAUCCUGUGAAGAUGCUGCCUCUCUAUAGCUGUAUUAUCUCUGAGCAUCCUGGUGUUCCUGGGGCAGAGGUGCUGCCCAGGAGGAUGGGAGGGACACUGCUAUUUGCUGGUUUGAGAAUCCAUUUGCUCUGCUCCUGCCCCAGCCCACUUUACUGCAAACCCUUCAGUUACCAGAGGUACGAAAUUCAUGCUGGACACGGUGCCAUUGGGGUCAGUACUCUGAUAUCUGGGGUGUAUUCAGCAAAAACACAGCAAAAAUACAGCAAAACCGUGUGGAAGCAAGGCCAGUGCCUCAAGUGCAAUUGAGACAUUAAACGCUCUGCUGUCCUGUGUCACGCUGCAGUCUGCAUUGUCUUUCCCAAGUUAAGCACAGAGUUAUUUAGUCCUAACUUGGUCUUGCCUGUGACAGAAUCCCAGAUAUAUAAAGCAAUGGAUUCUAGUAACUGAGCAAAAGAGCAUUAAACAUCUCUAUCUGCUUGUUCCUAACCUGGCCCAGAGUGGUGUUCAGUGCAAUUCCUUCUGCAACUGUGAAUCUGUAAUUAGCUAAACUUACAGCUUCACAAAUGAUGAGCAAUUUACUUGGGCAAAAAAAGGAAAUCCCCCUUCUUGCAGUCACAACACUUCAUGUGUGUGUGUGUGUGGAGAGAAGCCUUUCAAGUAUUGCUCUGUCCUUAGUGGGAUCCAGCUGCAAGUGUUCCUCUUUCAGCACAUGUUUGUGUGUCUGUCCUUGUCCGUACUGCAGCUCUGUAGGCAGCACCUUGGGCUUCCCAGGCACAGCUGUGGAUGCAUCUCUGAGGGUUGGUGCUGGCACUGUGGCUUAGACCAGAUGGAGGAAGGUGAAAGGGAACUCAUGAUAAUGUAAAAAAUAAAAUGUGAGCUUGUGGGACUCUGCGCAAAGCACAAAGACAAGGUACUUUUAUUUCUAAAAAACCAUAUCAAGAGUACAUCUCCUGAUGAGCCUGUUUCUUAAGGGAUCUCAGAAUGAAGAGAUCUUAGCAUAUUCUCUAUUUUAGGAUAUUCUUGCUGCAUUUUCCUAUCCCAGGAUGCUGGAAAGUUAGUCAGAAUGUGUCAGAUUCUGAGGAAUUAUUUUUGUGUAAGCUUUUGUGAAAUGGAUUUUCUAGAAAACUUACUGGAUUUUGAACUGUGUGUGUGAAGUUGAAUAUUAAGAGGAAGGGUUGUGUAUAUACUGUUGCUGUGGACUGAACUUGGAAGCUCUGGACUGUACUGUUGAUCAUUGAUUACUCUUCUUCCAUGUACAAAACAUAGCAGGUUGGCCUUACCAGAAAAAAAACCCGAAUCUUUUUAUCACA